ACGAUACCCAGAGUGGCUUGCGCAAGGCUUUGGCGGUUGGACUGAAACCAGCGGUUCUGUGCUCGAUGCGCCGAUGUAAGGGCAGCUGUGACACGGUGGCCAAGUGGCUUCCCGGCGUUUGAGCAGCCAUGUACCUAUUGAGUUCGGUGGGGAGGCGGGCAGCAGCCGCCGGCUGUGCGCGGCAUGUGGGAGCCAAGGUGCUGCUGAGCUGGCGGCUGGAGCCGGGCAGUAGCGGCUUCCCUGCCAGGCUGACAACGGUGGGCACGGCCUCGGCUUUGCGGGACAGCCUAGUCGCUCCGGUCAGGAAUGGUGAGCGGGUCCUGAACAUGGGCAGCCUGAACCCGCAGGUCCGCGCAACCGAGUACGCGGUCCGGGGACCCAUCGUCAUUAAAGCAGGAGAAAUCGAGAAGGAGCUGCAACAGGGAGCUCAGAAGCCUUUCACAGAAAUAAUCAAAGCUAAUAUAGGUGAUGCUCAUGCUAUGGGACAGCAACCAAUCACAUUUCUGAGACAGGUUGUUGCUCUUUGUACUUGUCCUGAACUGAUUGAUAGUCCUGACUUUCCUGCUGAUGCAAAAGAGAGAGCCCAACGUAUCUUACAGGAUUGUGGAGGACAUAGUCUAGGUUCCUACAGUGCAAGCCAGGGUCUGAAUUGUAUAAGACAAGAUAUUGCAAAAUAUAUAGAGUCAAGAGAUGGAGGAGUUCCUGUAGAUCCUGAUAAUAUUUACAUUACCACUGGAGCAAGUGAUGGAAUAAUGUCUGUUUUGAAACUCCUUUUGUCUGGAGAAGGCAGAAUGCGAACUGGGGUAAUGAUUCCAAUUCCACAGUAUCCCCUGUACUCUGCAGCCAUCUCAGAGCUAGGUGCUGCCCAAGUCAACUAUUACCUGGAUGAAGAAAAUAAUUGGGCUCUGGAUAAAAGUGAAUUGAAGCGAAGCUUGAACAAGGCCAAAGAAUAUUGCUUCCCUAAAGUUCUUUGCAUUAUUAACCCCGGAAACCCUACUGGCCAAGUACAAAGCAAAAAAUGUAUUGAGGAUGUGAUUCGUUUCGCUUAUGAAGAAAAACUCUUCCUUCUAGCUGAUGAGGUUUAUCAGGAAAAUAUAUAUUCAGAAGAAUGUACAUUUUACUCAUUCAAGAAAGUACUGUAUGAGAUGGGUGCUGAGUACUUCAACACAGUGGAAUUGGCCUCUUUUCAUUCCACAUCUAAAGGAUACACAGGAGAGUGUGGAUUUAGAGGUGGCUAUUUGGAAGUUAUCAACAUGGACCCUGAGGUUAAGGCUCAUUUUGAAAAACUGCUCUCGGUUCGUCUGUGUGCCCCUGUUCCAGGGCAAGUAGCCAUGGAUGUUGUGGUAAAUCCUCCAAAGCCUGGAGAGGAAUCUUACAAGACAUUUAAAAUGGAGAAGAUGAUGGUAUUGCAAAAUCUUGCUGAGAAAGCCAAGCUAACGGAAGAAGUCUUGAAUACCAUUCCUGGAAUGCACUGCAACCCUUUGCAAGGUGCAAUGUAUGCAUUUCCAAGAAUUUUUAUUCCUGCCAAAGCUAUCAGAGAAGCCCAGGCCAAUGGCAUGGCUCCAGAUAUGUUUUACUGCAUGAAGCUCUUGGAGGAAACUGGAAUCUGUGUGGUACCUGGCAGUGGAUUUGGGCAAAAGGAAGAAACUUACCAUUUCAGAAUGACUAUUCUUCUUCCAAUUGAGAAGCUAAAAGUGCUAUUGCAGAACGUAAAGGAUUUUCAUGGUAAAUUUCUUCAGAAAUAUGCAUGAACACUGUUGAUAUUGUUUACUGGAGAAAUCCACAUUAUUAAUGUUAAUCCAUCCGUCAGUCCUACCAAAAUGUCAAAUUGACAUUUGCUAAGAAGAAAUGGAGAAACAAUAGCUGCAACUGUUUGUCAGUUUGGUAUUGUGAAUACCAUUAUUUUGUAUAACUCUUUUGCAUUUUUGAGAACACUUCUGUUUACAGUGAAAUAGUAAUGCUGGAAUUCUUUGGUACUUUUUGGUAGUUUUCUUAUUGAACAGACUAACAUCCUCAUAUCUGGUACUAGAAAUGUUGCAGAAAUUCAAGCCUCUAAUCUCAAAUUGCCAGAAAAAUUUACUGGUAGUGCCUUAUUUUGUCAUUCUCAUAUCGCAAUGCAUUAAGUUGACUCAUAAACAGAUUUGCAUUUGUAUAACAUCUGUAUCCUCACCAUAUGUGAACUUUUUACUGUGUAUGCUGUUGGAUGUUCAGCAAAAUAUUAGCUAAUAAAAACUCGCUCCGGAUUGUCUAACAGAAUGUUAACUUUAACACUGCCAUGCAAAUGGAUUUUAUCAUAAUUGAAAACAUAUGGCAGAAGAUUCUGUCACAACCCCCUUGAAUAAUCAAGAUGUAAUGUUUACAGGGAUGAGUAUUUAUAAGUGGCCAGACUUUGUAAGUUAUGAAACUAAACUUAUUUCUUUUCAUGACCUUUCAUGUAGAUAGAUUUAGAAAUAGAAAAUAAAGAUUGGUUUCCCAAA